GCGCCGAUUGCAAACGCAGGGCGGGAAAGCUGCGGGCUCCCGGGGGCACCGCCGGCCGGCUCCCGGCGCACGCGCAGUGGCGGGCACGGCCACCCGAGCUGCCGCUCCCGCCCCGCCUCGCGCAGCCGCCACGCAGGCUCCCGGCCGGGCCCCCCGCAGCCGGCCCCGCGUCUGCCCCGCUUCCCGCCCCCGCCCCGAGCUGCGGACAUGGAGGUGGACGUUGGCUCCGGGGUCUCGGGGCUGCCGGGCGGGGAUGGAGCAGGCGCGGGCCCGGCCGGCGAGGAGCCGGAGAUGGAGGGGGCUCCCGGCUGCUCGGGGUCCCGCUCCCUCCCCUUCGAGUUCGAGCGGAGCCGCUCGGAGUCCAGCGGGGAGGAGGAGGACGACGAAGACGAUGAAGAGGAGGAAAUGGAGGAAGAGGAGCUGGAGGGGGAGCCCGGGGCCAGGUUCGGGACGGACGACGGGGAGCUGGACUCGGACGACGACCGGGAGCGUAUGAUAAACCUCGCAGAGUUGACCCCUUACAUCCUGUGUUCCAUCUGCAAAGGUUACUUUAUUGAUGCUACAACUAUUACAGAAUGUCUGCACACCUUUUGCAAAAGUUGCAUAGUGAGACACUUCUACUACAGCAACAGAUGUCCCAAAUGCAAUAUUGUUGUGCAUCAGACACAGCCCCUUUAUAAUAUCAGACUGGACCGGCAAUUGCAAGACAUAGUCUAUAAAUUAGUUGUCAGUUUGGAGGAAAGAGAGAAAAAACAAAUGCAUGAGUUCUAUAAAGAAAGAGGAUUAGAAGUGCCCAAACCAGCUGUCCCACAGCCAGUUCGAGUGAGCAGAGGAAGACCUCGAAAAGUUCUGGGCUCAGUGUUCCGGAUCCCCCCAGAACUUGACAUCUCCAUACUUCUGGAGUUCAUUGGAGCUAACGAAGGCACAGGGAAUUUUAAGCCUUUGGAAAAGAAGUUUGUGCGUGUUUCAGGAGAGGCAACAAUUGGACAUGUGGAGAAAUUCCUCAGAAGAAAAAUGGAUCUGGACCCUACUUGUCAGAUAGACAUAAUAUGUGGUGAUCACCUGCUUGAACACUACCAGACACUGAGGGAAAUUCGUCAAGCCAUAGGAGACAGUGCAGUACAGAAAUCAAGAGGAUGCAUUUCUAGGAUUGAAAAGCCUUGGAAAAUUAAAUUAUCCAGAAAGAAAAAAGAAAUACUAAUAGGUCAAGCCUAAAAAUUUUAAGGGUUGUUUCUUUUUUUACCGAGACCUUAAAUUUUAUGAGGGACAUAAUUGUCCCAGCCCAGUGAGACUACAACUACCAAGGAACAUUGAAUGGAUUUUACAUUAAGUUCCAGGGGCAUCUUAAGCCUUUCCAAACCAGUGCUGGAGCUUAGAAGGCCCUUAACAGCACUCACUAGGAUGCUGAAACGCUCUUCAAAACUGCUUUUGCCAUCUAAAUUCACGUUCAUUAUGUAUUCUUUAUGCUAAGAAAAUAGGUUCAGUAGCUACUUAUGCAAUACAAAAUAAAGACAUAAACACUGGGUUGUUGGUUUUUUUAGACCAGUUAGAGGAGAAACAUAACUGCUCUUUUGAAUUGCAUUUUUCACUUGCAAGUUCAUUAAUACCAACAGUUACUCUUUUUGCUGAGAAAAGUUAUUUUAAAAUUGCAGCUAAAUUUCUCUUUGCCAAAGGCAUUAAUUUCGACACACAUUCUUUGGCAACAUUUACAUUGGAAGCUUCUUCCAACACAAUACAGCAUAACAUAUACUUUGUGGAUUUUUUUUUUUUUUCUGGGCCAUAAUCACAGUAACUUUUUAGGGGCUUUUACUCCUGAAUGAUCCUUAAACGCUCAAGAUUUUUUAGUGAAGAUUUUAGGUGUUGUGGUUUUUUUUUUCCUAUUAAGUAACAAGGAGAGCCUCAGUAAAUCAAACUCUCUAUAGGUGCAAGAUAGCGGGGUUUUACCUGUUAAUAAUAACUGUGCUUUCCCAACAAGUAUGGGAAGAUCAAGUGGGAUCUGAUGGUAAAAUGUUUGUGAUGCUGGCCCCAUAGAAACCUGCCUUAAGUGGAGUAAAUAGGUAACUAAUGUUAGUGGUUGAAUGUAAGCAAUUAACAUGUUAGUUCCUGAGCAGUUGAUAGCAGGCUAAAAAAAAUAUCAGGAAUAAGUCUUAAUCUUGUAGGUCUCAAGGUACUGUAAUGUUUUUGAAAUUGUGUGAUUGGUUGAUUCUUUCUAACUAGCUGGAGAUAGGCUUUCUAGCUCUGGUGAGGGCAAAAACAAAAAAUUUCUGCACAGAAUUUAAAUAAAAAGCAGCGACUUUGCUUAAUUUUUAAAACCAUGUAAAACUUGUGGAAUUUACUGUAAGGAGAGAAAUUUUUUAAAGGCUCUAUUUUGUUACCAGGCAUUGAGAUAUGCCUAUAAUUAAGAGUUUGAUCAAGCAGCUGAGGAAGGAAGCUUGUAAUUAACUAUAUGAGAAUAUAAUUUCUUCCUUGUAUCACCUUCUUCCCGUCUGCUGCACAAAUGCAACAUGAUCUCGGCUGCUAGUUAUUUUUACUUGUCUGAAACUGGCCUUCUCUGCAUCACUGGUGGAUAUAAUGAGCUCGCACAUGGGAAAAACUAAACAGAGUAGCUUCCUUUGUGUCCCUGGCCCUUGACACAGGGGUCUUGCAGAUUAUAAUGGUCUCUUUGUGGCUCUCACCUUUUUGUAACCCAGUGCCGCUGUAUUUUUUGGUCUCUCCUGAGCUAGGCAGUAAGAGCUGCCAUCUAAUUUAAUUACUCUGACCUAGCACACAUCUACAGUGGAAGUGCUUUACUAUUGAAUUUGUAAAGUGGGGCACUUUAUGUUGUUGCUAUUCUUAUAACAUAAAAAGGUAUAUAUACUAUGAUGUUUCUGUCAGUUCCACUCUGAAGUUUAUAGCUGGGUGUAACAGGUGGAAUCCUUUCAGGUUUUUUAGGUCAAGGUCACAAGUGUGUGGUAAAGAGCACUGGAGAGUUUUGCUGUAAAAAAGGAUCAUAUUUUCUUUUGCUUUUUUUUGGGGCAUGCCUGAGUUAGCCUGAUUUGAGAUUUGUAAUAAGCAGUGAGAGCUCAUUCUCUGUUUGGAUUUACUUUUAAGAACAGUGUCCAGAUAAAGCAGCUGAACACAUACAAAAAUUAGUAAUACUUUAAAAGUUAAUAAUUACAGAGUAAGCAGUGAUAGCAUUGGGUUAACUCUCAGCUUUUCAUUGAAGAGAAGGAAUUGCAGUGGUUUUGGUCUUUGGUUUAACAGGGAUAUUUCCUGUGCAGGUAGACAAUUUCUUUAAAUGUCCCACUGCCAAAUGUACCAUUUGAGAACUUAUUCCUUAAAGAAAACAUUGUAGCAUUUUCUGUAGCAUAGGUCUCAAAAAAGGAACCUUGAAUAUGUCUUAUUUUCUCUAUUGAAGUAGCUAACAGGCACAAAGAGUAAGUAAACCUUUGUGAAGGUGUAACAGCAUACUGUGUGCCAAGAGGUUCAUAAGUAGCUUCAUAGUACCUGAUCAACCUAACAAGAAGUCAGGACAAUCAGGAGCUAUCGUCAUAGAAAAUAACUUCUCUUCCUAUAGGCAUUUUAAUAUGUUGUCCUUCUUUUCCAAUAUGACCCUUCUAUUUGGUUUGGACAGUUCUUAAAAAAAAUUACUGGAUCCACUUCUCUCAGUGCUUGUAUUUUCAUCCCUUUUUUCAGAUCUUCAAUCAGAUCUUAUAACUGACAUCACCAUGUCCAUUUGAAUCUUAUUACCUUUAUAUUUGACUUGUGGGUAACAGAAGUUUGUAGUUUCGAAAGUGGCAAGUUCAUAGAAUAGAAGUAAUCAGAAGACUCUUGAUACAAAGUUACUUAGGGCUCAAGGAUUUCCCAAGAAGGCUUUUGAAAUUGGAAAAUCAUAUUAAGAGGUAGCAUACUUGCUCUUUUCAUGUGUAUUUAUCUAGGCUUUCAUCCUGGGGCUAGGUAGUCCUUUGGUUUGCCCUCGUAUACGGCCGCUCCUAGGACCUUACUACUUUUUUUUUUUUUCAUUGGCUCCUUUUUUGGUGUUCUCUUCAUUUGACUUGGAAUAUUAAUCUUGUCUUUAAGUAAAUUACUAAAUCUGUAACCAGAAGCAGAGUUUCAGGUCUUACUAAAUGAACAUAUUGGCUAAACCGAUCAAAGUAUUGCCGUUGCAGAUCUGUUCCCGUUUGUUAUAAAUCUAUUUUCUUUCACUGUCACAUUUGAAAAUUCCCAAUAGUUUGUCCACUUUCUUUUUCCCUUGAAAGUAACAUACUGCACUACUUUUUUUUCCCCCAGAACACUGGCUUUGUUUCUGAUGGCACCCUUUGGGUGCCAGACAAAGAAACUUUGAGGCAGAAGAGAGAGUAAAAUACGUAUACACAUUAGCAAUUAGGGUUGUUUUCUGCUGUGGAGGAGCUUUGUGGCAUUAAAGGCAAAAUUACUUUUUCUAAUAGGAGGUCAUCUUCCAGACAGAACAUAAAGGUGUUGAUGGGCACUUUCUGAAAAGAAUUCCCAAGGGAGGAAAAGGAGUAUGUUAUGGAGCUGUGGAAAAACACUGUGUCUUUUUGAGACCAAUUUCUUAAUUUUACAUUUCCUCCAAUGAAAAAUGGGUCAGAUUUUUUUAAGUAGUUGAGGCUACACCAACGAGUCAACAGCAUUUUUACAUAGAUAACACAUUAUUGUUAAAAAAAGAAUUCUUCCAAAGCACUGUGUUUAGACUAAUAUAAUACUUUUACUGUUACAGUAUUAUAAUAAAGAACCUAUAUAGUGGUGACA